GGGGCCGGGGCCAGACCGGGCUUGUGCCGGGUGCCGCGGGGGGUUGUGGGAUGUUUGACGGUUUGUUUCCCUGGCAACCGGCGGCGUUCUGAUCUCGAGAGCGAGGAAGAGAUUACAGAUCAUUUAUUUUGAUGCUAAUGUCUUCAACAAUGGGAGACAGCACAGAACAAACAGAGUUUGAGGGUCACCAGGUAAAUGAGCAACUCACCUGCAGUGAAGAAACCGAGCCUUUGAGAAGUGAAGGAGAAUGUAAACUGCAGAAAGGUGACCAGUUGCAUGAUCAGAAAGGAGCAGAUUGUAUGGGGAUACAUGAACUCAACUCUACAAAACCUCAGGAGAAAGCCAAGGACUCAGGAUCCAGCUCAAUUAUUCCAGCACUCACCUUGUCAGCAAUGGGAGAUGGGGCAGUGCAAACCAAGGAUCACCAGGGAACUGAUCAGCUGUCCUGCAAUGAAGAAACAAAACCUGUGAGAAGUGUAGGAGAAAGUAAACUGCAGAAAGGUGAGCAGCUAUAUGAUCAGGAAGGAAUGGAGAAUCUGGAAAUACAUGAACCUAACUUCAGAAAAGCUCAGGAAAAAAGAAAGGACUCAGAAUACAGUUCAGUCAUUCCAGCAGUCCUGGUGUCAGCAAUGGGAGAUGGUACCGUGCAAACAAACGCCGAGGAUCAUCAUGAAAACAAGCAACUCUCAAGUGGUGAAGAAGCAGAGUCUGUGAGAAGUGAAGGUGAAAAUAAACUGCAGAAAGGUGACCAGCUGCAUCAUCAGGAGGGAAUGGACAGCGGAGAGGUGCAUGAACUCAACUCCAGAAAACCUGAGGAGAAAGCCAAGCAGGACUCAGGAUCCAGCUCAGUUAUUCCAGCAGUUGCCUUGUCAGCAAUCAGAGAUGGAACAGUGCAAACAGAGUCUGAGAAUCCCCAUGUGACUGAGCAAAGCUACUUCAGUGAAGGAACAGUCCCAGUCAGAAGUGAAGAACAAAAUAAACUGCAGAAAGAUGACAAACUGCAUGAUCAGGAAGGAACUAAAAGUCCAGAGCUGCAUGAACUCAACUCCAGGAAACCUCAGGAAAAAGUCAAGAAGGACUCAGGACCGAGAAUGACAAAGCAGUUCCUGCGACAGCACUGUAAGGAGCAGAAGCUCUACCAGACACCUUACCUGAAUGACACACUCUAUUUGCACUUUAAAGGCUUCUCCUGCAUUGAGAAUCUGGAGGAGUACACUGGCCUGAGAUGUCUGUGGCUGGAGAGUAAUGGAUUGCUACGGAUUGAGAACUUGGAUGCUCAGACCGAGCUGCGUUGCCUCUUCCUGCAUCAAAAUCUCAUUCAUAAAAUAGAGAACCUGGAGCCACUGCAGAAGCUGGACUCCCUGAAUCUGAGCAAUAACUACAUCAAAAGCAUUGAAAAUCUGUCUUGCCUGCCAGCUCUCAAAACACUGCAGCUAGCUCACAAUCGCUUGUCCACAGUGAAGGACAUUGAGCAUCUGAAAGAGUGCCCCAGCCUGAGUGUCCUUGACCUUUCGCACAACAAGCUGACCGACCCUGACAUCAUAACUGUCUUUGAGGCGAUGUCUGAUUUGCAUGUGCUGAACCUUAUGGGCAAUGAAGUCAUUAAGAAAAUCUCAAACUACAGGAAAGUAGUGACUGUGCGCCUGCAUCAUCUGACCUACCUGGAUGACAGACCAGUCUUUCCGAAAGACAGGGCAUGUGCAGAGGCCUGGGCUCGAGGAGGAUGGAAAGCCGAGAAGGAAGAAAGAAUGCAGUGGGAAACGAGUGAGCGUAAAAAGAUUCAGGAUAGUCUUAAUGCUUUAUCAGCGAUCAAGAGGAAGGCUGAGGAGAAACGUAGGCUACAAGAAAUGGAAGAACGAGGUGAAGAUUCUAAUUCCGAGUCCAAUGACCCUGAGAUAAUUCCGUGUUAUUCAAGUUUUGAAAGCCAGCAAAAGAUCGAAGCGUUUGUGAAUGAUGUUGUGAAAAUCCAGGAGGAGAUUCUGGAAGACCAGCAGCAAUUGGCUGAAAGAAAAACUGAGACAGCUACUGAGAACCAGCCAAAAGGAUCCAGUGCAGAGAUAGUAGACCAAGCUGCUUUACCUUGCAGUUUGGACAGAGGGAAUAGUACUGAGUUCACGCAAUCAGAAGAACAGGUUUUCUCACCAUCACUGGAUCCUUCUGACCAGUUGCAGAGCACAGUCUUCAACAGUAAUAUUGCAGACUCAUCAUCAAACAAGAUGCCUGCUGAGAGGGUUCUAGUGACUGAACUGGCAAAGACAAACACCAUAGAGACCAUUUGCUUAGAAGAGGACAGGAAAUUGUAUAUUGACGAUCUACCUGACUUAGAAGAACUGAGUGACUCAUCAGAACCUGAUGAGGCCUCAAGCUGCAAGACUGUCUAUCGGCCAAAGAUUGAGAUCAUUGCUGCUGAAUAUGACAAUAGUGAGUUGGACACGGGGGAAGGUAUGGAAAGUCUCAUUUGGAACGUCACAGAUGAAAUAAAUGAAGAAGAUUCAGCAGAUCUAAAAGAGAAUAAAUGUGGAGAUAAAACUAGCCAAAAGAAACUAAGUGAAAUUUCAGAAGAAAAGUCUGCGACACAACUAACUACCAGCAAAAUAGGAAACAUGUUAACAAGUGAGAGAAAUGUAGAGAUAACAACACUUGAACUGAGUACUCCACCAGGGAUACCUGAGGAAGACCAACCUACAAGAAUACUCAUAAGGGAAAUCUCUAGCCAAUCCGUAACUGAGAGCACUGAUCAAAUUAAACUACUGACUGAAGGAAAUUUCACUCAUUGUGGUCCUGAAGGAGAAAAAAUUAAAGAAGAAUUAGCAAUUUUGGAGCUUGAUCAUAUCCACACUGAAGACAUUGAGUUUGGCCUGGACUGAAGAGCCCCAAUAGUUUAUUGGUGAUAUCAACCAAAGAGAAAAGACUCCAGUUUCAGGGAGAUUUAUUUAACGGCUGUAGGUUAAAUGAUAAUUAAUUUGCUUUGUUAAAUGACAGUGUUUUGGGAUGUUUUAAAAUGUGCUGUUAAGUCUAUUUUUGACUGUUAUUUCAAUAAAUAAGUUUAUUCCUUUAGAGGCCUGCAAUAUAACUUGAGGUGAAAACUCAUUUCGCUCCCCUUAUUUCUGCUGAUCAACCCUUGCUCGUCCACUGCUGCUGCCUCCAACCAUCAGGUACACUGCCUACCCAAGUCUCAGUGUAUACACCACGUUUGCCAGACUCUGCCAACUGAAUCAAUCAGGACAAUGAGGCAGGAAAAGCCGCAUUUGUUAAUUUGAGAUCAUUUGAUUUUACUGCAGCAUUAAGAAUAGUCGGGGGUUAACAGGAGAGAAGUACGAACUCUUCCUGUGAGCAUUGAAGGUGCAUGACAAACCAUUGCCGCCUCUCCAACAAGGAUUUCCAACAAGUUACUUGUGUUGAUUAUUUUAACCCCCCCACCCCCAGCCCAGCCACCGCUUCUGCGAACAUCACACGGAACGUCAGUUUUGCUUCCCGUCCCCCGUGAGUGCCACUGUUAAAGUAAAUUUUGGAUGACACCAGCUUCAGAUGCCGGACACUUUAUUUCUGAAAACCG